GUCACGCUCUAUCACACAUCUAAGAAUAAUUUACUGAGACGUUUUUGAAUUUGGCGCUGGGAAGGAUCAGCUGCCUAAACCUUCGCUGGCUGGUUGGCUGCUGGGUUUAGGCAAUCACCGUUCGACGCAGCCGGAUAUUUGACCAGAUGUUUUGAAAGCGCAUACACUCUUCUAUGACAGAUAAUAGGGAGAAAAUAAAUUCUUAAUGCACUUCGUUAAGUAGUGAUUCGAAUGUAGCGUUAAUAUAUAAUGUGCUGUUCUAUGUGUGUCAUAGUGGUGGAUAAUGUGGUGUGCGAUAAACACGGACGAAGACUCCGCAAGUCAGGAAAAUCGGAAAAAACUUGGGGAGUAUAGCAUCACGUUGAAAGUAAGCUACUAACUAAGAAGAGUCGUGGAAAUUUAUACAGAAACACAAUGGCUUUUAUGAAAGAAAAAGCUGUUUUGAACAAUUUCGACAGUUUCUUCAAUCAAGAUGAACCAUUGGAGAGAUACCUCGACCGAGUGAGCUACCUGCCUUCACAUAAUCUCUUGGCCAUCGUGACUUCCACAGGCGAAACUGUGGUAUUUACUGGAAAAAAUACAACCACCCAAAAAAAUGGCUUGCAAUCGUUUAAGCCGAAGGCAAACAUUGUCCUAGAUAACGACGCGGCCAUGUGUGUCUAUUUAUUGCCUGUAGCAACGAAGAAAUCUUCAAUCAUCGGUAAUAGCUGGUGUGCCGUGGUUGUGGGCACUAGAUCGGGUAGUGUACUAUUUCACAACGAGGAGGGUCGCCUGCUCCUUCGGCAGAAUCUAUUUACUCAAAUGGUCAGCAGUGUGUGCAUCUCGGUUAAUUCGGCUCUCCAGGGUUAUGUCUAUGCUACAUCAGGUUCAACGUUGAACAUGGUGGGCUACGGCGAACUUGUCGUUGAGUUAGAAGACCACCUUAACACGCUGAUGUUGUCUUCGGGCGAUGCAACGCCCCAGAGCGCUUCGCUCACCUGGAAGUAUCUUAGAUUACAGCAAGUGAAAAACACGCAGAAAAUUGCGCUGACGCAUCACGGAGUCGAUGAGUGUCACUUCGAUCAACUGGAAAGAUGUACUAUUGAACGUUAUGGAAGUCGAGGAGAAGUUUCCAAUGCGUCCAACGUUGUAGUAUCUAGCGUGGGCUCUGAUCCAUUCUACAAUCUGACGUUGAGCAGGGAAACAACGCAGAUAAAUCUCGUCACUGAUAUUGCAGUUGCAGUGGCAAACAAGUUCGGCAAAAUUAUUUCAGACAAUGUCCCAUUUUGGGGAUCGAAGCAGAAAGCAGAAUCAGAAGUCGAUCAACAACCGAAAAUCUCCACUUUAGGACCCCACUCUCAGCAUGGGUUGUUUGACCGGGAGCGACUCGGCACCCAUCUAUGUUUGUCGCCCAGUAAACGUUUCAUCGUCCUGGUUGAUGCACUUGCAAGGGUCAUUCUCGUUGAUGCGCUUUCCGGUGUGCCGUUGUACAUUAUGAAAGGAUAUCGACGAGCUCAAUUAGGCUGGAUUACAGCUACUUCUUUAGAUGGCUCACGUCGUCAGGUCGAGCUCCUUGUUGUAUAUUCAGCAAAGUCCAGACAGAUCGAACUAUGGAAUACGCGGAAAGCGUCUAGAGUGACUGCGUUUGCCGCUCCUGAAGGCCUCGGACUCUUGCUUUAUGAUUCCGGCAACAUUGAUGUAAGUGGAACCGAUGAUAAUUUCCCUACAAUGGACAGGCAGGCGUAUUUUCUCACGAAGAACGGCCGUCUCUUCGAUAUUAUGAUAUCGUUCUCGGAAGCGCUUGAGUUUGAAGAUCUAAGCGAAAUGCAAGGUCAUUUAGAUGAUUUGGCCGAAGUGAAGAAGAUACUGGAGGAGUACAGUCAUGGCAGCCUAGAGCGUCUUGAGAAGCUAUUUAAACGUUUCAAGCGAGUGUCGCUUAUACAGCAAGUCGUGAAGACGGUUUGCGAGUGUCCCGGUGCUGACGAACCUCUCAUAGAGCUCCUUUUCAAAGUACUAAAAGGCAAACAUCUUCGAGGUGCUAGGAAAGCCACGAUGCGAAUUCAAGAAAACCUCUCAAAGAUUGAACGUCUAAUGAAGGUGUACAAAUAUAUAAACCAAAGCGAUAGUGUGCUGAUGGGUGAUCUACGUAAUAUGCCGAGUUCUUCUGAUCUCGAUGCAAUAAAGCAAUUUGAAGGAGUGUUCGGUUACGACUCGCAAGACUACUGCUUUCGAUUAGCCGAUUUGAGACUGUGCGAUUUUUUGGCGAGCUUUGCCGUUCUUAUGGACACCGUCGAGACGAAAAUUAGUAUUGAAUCAGGCGAAGAAUCUGAGGUUUUUGUCGGAAAACUUGUACGGGCCAUGGCCACAAAUGAAAAUUUUUUUAAGCUUUUGCAACAACAAGAAGUUUGCAUGUGGUCAGUGACCACAUGCUUGCUGCGUGGCCUAUUUGCUAGCUCGACGCUCGUUAAAGAGGUGGUAUCACAAUCGUUCACUGCGCUAGGUCACAUCCUCACAGUGGUUCAGGCCCAUGAAGAAAGCAUGACCCCGUUUUUAACUAAUGUUUAUGAGGAAAUCACCGAAACGGAAAACGUUCCUGCCGCGAUGGUGGCGAGUUACAUGGUGCAUACACUUUUAGGUCCACAGAAGGUUAGCCUAUUGGAAGACGUCGAGGAAUCAUUGGAGUGCAAAAUCUUUGCAGGCCUGUUCAAGCAACUGCAAAAAAUCCUGCCUCUGGCUGCUUUGUUGCGGUGUCGAAUCAAGGACCCGUCUCUACCAGCUAAGGAUUAUGCCAAAAUAUUUCCUAUUUCACUGAAGAGCCUAAGCAGAUCCGAGGGAUAUAUUAGUGAUAUUGUGUCGCAAUGGAUCUGUGAGCAACGCCUUGGCCCUGAGCACUUGCGGCAGGCACUGGCACGGAUUACGAUGGUUACCUGUUUAGAGGACAGACUCGAAAUUCCAGUCAUCUCACUCGGUACGGCGUCACAGCUAUUGUCUGAUAUUCGAAUAACGUUUCCGGUGUCGCUUCAACUGGAGACAAUGUUGGCUAAUUGUUGUUGGAGUUAUCUUUGUCUAUGGAACCAGAACUUUCAUGACUCAGAAAUACUUUUGCUGUCAAUGGGCUUUCUUCGUAUCAUCCAAGCAUACAAGCUAAAGGAAGGACUAUGUCAUAUAAUAUGGAAAUCGCAUUUACAAACGCGAGUUAUCGCUAUGGCCCGGAUAAUGGAACAGUCUGGAGUAUUGCCAGACGCCCAGUUGGAACGUUACGUUCAAGUGGGAAGGUGCGCUUUGACGGAAUUCUUCAACUUUUGCUCAGCCAUUCUCGACAUCAUUAUCGAGAGUAUGUUGCCAAGCGAAGACGUGGAAAUACUAUGUCCGUUGCUUAAGGAAGAAGUGCUUUCUCCGGGUUUCGCGGAAGGCGAUCCGUCACUUAUAUCCAGAGCUUUAUCAUUGCCUCAAGCUUUGAGAGAUACCGUCCACUUGCACUAUAGCCUAAUCACAAUACUGGCCUACUGUACCCAGUUCAACCUGGACGAAACACAACCCUUAUCAUUGUUCGAUAGCGCGGCUCAAAGUGCCCUUUCUGAAGACCUCUGCGAAGUUUACCAACGAUACAAUCAAACAGCGACUACUGGGGCAUUAUGUAACCGGCGUAUGCUGUUUCUUCGGCGAGCAAUCGAAGGCUGUGUACAACGCCUUCCUGAAAUUUACAUGCCCGAAGAACUGAUUGAAUGCCAGGCUUGCAUGGUCCGUCUCCUCGAUCUAGCUCAUUCGUGGGAUAUCGACAACGAUAUAGUCAACAGAGAAUAUGUUCUGCAACUAUAUUCCAGUGGACAUGACCAGUUGGCGCAAGAGGUGAUGUCUCAGAUAAGCGACCGUCGUGCAAUGGCCGAAUCGUUAAUGAUCAUGACUGGGUUAAGGGUGCGCGCAUUUUUGGGAGAAAUUGACAAGUCAACCUGUGAAAAGCUCGGCGUCGUGUCAACGCGCGUCAAUCGAUGGAUUGGCGAAUUGCCGGACAAAAUACUUCGCUGCACGAAUAAAAGCGUUGACAGCAUCAUGAAUCUUGUACAGACUGUGUUAUCCCUCGUUCCGGAGUCAAGCGCUGAGGCACAACUUCUCGAGGAGGUCAUACUUCUAGUAACGAACCUGCCUGCUGUGAGGGCUAUUGAAAAUGAUGAUCUCUGCUAGUCGAACAUGAGGAAAAGCGCAUCGGCCCGUUUGCAGUGCACUGUGGAAGAGACGUCAUUUCAAAGAAGGCAGCUUGCUUACUAGUAGAUGCACGAAAUGGCCACCUCAUACAAUUCAAUCGUACCAUCGCACCGAUAUAUUUCUAUGGAUGAAGGCUAUUUUUGACAGAGUUUAACGACCCGUCUAUCGUACCCAGUGAUUUAAUGGGCUAACGUAGUAUGUCAAUGGACCGUAGCCGAACGGAAUAUCGAAUAGGUUUUGCGAAGUGGAACCUUUUGUAAACUCUCAUGUGCUCACUUGCUCAAUUUUUCGCUUCCGUGAAUUUGCGUUGGGCCUCUCUUACCGCCAACAUCCCGUAUAAGGAGCAGGAAUUCGAGGAUUUGUCGAUGUCGCCCGGCCGUUGAGUUACUUUGGGCACUUUCACUAUCACAUAGGCAAAAGAGAGAUCUCGAAAAUCUGCACAUAUCAGUUAUUACAAUCAAUGAUCCAGAUUCAAGUAGCAUACUGUUAGUUACUAUCCAAAUCAGCCAACGUGGACAUUACCAUGAUUGAAAUAUUCUACAGUAGCUGGCUCAUUUCAAUGACUCGAAACAAAAAUCAUCUACACCUUGUGGGAUGUACUUUAUAGCCUAAACAACUGCUUGGCCAAUCAACACAAUCAAGUGGCACGUAAGGCUUCUUUGCGAUGUUAUCGAUAAUUUAUGAUAGAGCU